AGUGGGAGGAGGCAGAGAGAGGAAGGAGGCGUAGGCUGAGGAAGAGGGAGGGGGGUAGGGAAGUCCUGGCGGAGAAGAGGCCCAAGACUCCAAGGGAGACAGCAAGAGGGUGCGCUGGAGCUCCCCCGCUGACCAACGGCUGUUUCGGAUCCCUUAAGGAGCGCGUCAUACAGAGACGAAGAAAGGAGGAAGAGACUUUUAUGUCGGCAGACAGAGAAGCUCUACCCGUCACUGUUGCCUCACAUCCGGGGCUUUGGAGGGCUGGCCCCCGCGGCCCCGCCCCCCCCUCGCGCCUUUCAUGGCGACUGGAGGCGGAGGCUGGAAGAGCUGGGACUGGAGGAGGCCCCUUUAAAUCUCCUUAAAGGGGUGGCCACUGAGUUCGGCAGACUACAACGCCAGCCUUAAAGGGGAAGCCGCCGAACAGGAGCUGACAAAUUGAAAACUGCUGUUGGGAGAAUUGGAGCGAGUGAGGAUUCUUACCUCCUCUUCCUCCCUACUCCAGAAAGUCCUUUAAAUUCAGCGUAAAGGGGAAGUGGCCGCUUGUGGAGGACUGGAAACAAACUCUCGAGCCUUUCAAGCGGCGGCCUGCUGUUUUGAGGACCCAGGAUUCCUUAAAGGGGUGGCCUCUUUUAGCCGGAGGACUUGAGACACUUUUAAAGGGGAGGUCUGCGUUUCGGGGAGAGCUUUCGGUCCCUUUUAAAGGGGUGGCCCUUCCUCUUCUUUGGGGAGACUAGUCUCGACCCCCUGGCAAGGGGCGGCCACCGCACUAGGCCGGCCGGACACCGUCUGGUCGUCUUAAAGGAGCUAGGGGCUGGACAACUUGAGAUUUCGCCUUAAAGGGACGGCCGCCCCGUUUUCGCCGUCUUGGCCCUACCGGCCCCACUUGGGGGGUGGGGACCCUCGGGCUUGUCGCCCCGGGGGCGGCGCCGGCUCCCCAGGCCUUGGCCUUGGGGCAAGCUCAGGGCCAGCAGAUCCUGCUUUAAAAAGGAAGCCGUGGCCCUCUCGUCCCUGUGCAGCCGCCAACGCCGCGCCUGCGACCCUGGGCCUGCGGACAGGCCGCUUCGGGCCCGGCCGCCUCCGGAUGCGGCACUGAGGGCGGUCGCCAUGGAGACGGCCGCGGCUCCGGGCCCGGGCUGGGCCGCUGAGGGAGAGCGGCGGCGGCGGCGCUGCUCGCGCCGAGACCGAGACCGGGAGCAGCAGCGGCGCCGCCGAGGUCCUGGCGGCGACGCGCCCCGGGCCCUGUUGGCUGCCCCGCGCGGCUCCUCGUCCUCGUCAUCGCCGCCGCCGCCCGCCAGGCCCUGGUCGUCAGCUUCGUCUGGAGAGCGGCCCGGAGGCCCGAGACGGCGGCGGCCCCGUCCCAGGCCUCGGCCGCCGCGACCCCGAGCUCGGAAGCGGCCUGCGGGCUCCGGCAGUCGCGGGGAAGAGGAGGAAGAGGAGGGGGGGUGUGCGGACGACGGGGAGGCCGAGGAAGAGCCGGAGGAGGAGGAGGAAGAGGAGGAGGACUUGAUCGAUGGCUUCGCCAUCGCCAGCUUCGCCAGCCUCGAGGCCUUGCAGAAGGAUGCCUCUCUCCAGCCCCCCGAGCGCCUGGAGCACCGGCUGAAGCACUCGGGGAAGCGGAAGCGGGGCGGCUCCAGCGGGGCCGCCGGGGAGCCAGGGGACAGCUCCGAUCGGGAGCCCGGCCGGCCCUCCGGGGAUCGCGCCCGAAAAUGGCCCAAUAAGCGGAGAAGGAAAGAGGUCUCCUCCCGUCACUCUCUGGAAGCCGGAUACAUAUGUGAUGCCGAAAGCGAUCUGGACGAGAGGGUCUCCGACGAUGACCUCGACCCAUCCUUUACUGUUUCAACCAGCAAAGCCUCGGGCCCUCAUGGCGCCUUCAAUGGGAACUGUGAAGCAAAGCUCUCCAUAGUCCCUAAAGUGUCGGGCCUGGAGCGGAGCCAGGAGCAGCCCCCAGGGCCCGAUCCGCUGCUAGUGCCUUUUCCCCCGAAGGAACCACCACCUCCACCAGCCCCUCGGCCUCCUGUCUCACCCCCUGCACCCCUGCCGGCCACCCCCAGUCUGCCACCCCCACCCCAGCUGCAGCUUCGGGUCUCGCCCUUUGGCAUCCGCACUUCUCCCUAUGGCAGCAGCAGCCUGGACCUCAGCACUGGCAGCUCUUCACGGCCGCCCCCCAAGGCCCCGGCCCCUCCCGUGGCUCAGCCUCCCCCCUCAUCAUCCUCUUCGUCCUCUUCCUCCUCAUCUGCCUCCUCCUCGUCCGCGCAGCUCACCCACCGGCCCCCGACGCCCUCACUGCCCCUACCUUUGUCCAACCACAGCUUUCCUCCCCCUGGGCUGCGGCCCCCCCCACCACCCCACCACCCCUCCUUGUUCUCCCCUGGCCCCACCCUGCCCCCACCCCCACCCCUGCUGCAGGUGCCAGGGCACCCUGGGGCCUCAGCUGCUAACGCCCUUUCUGAGCAGGACCUGAUCGGCCAGGACCUGAACUCUCGCUACCCUGAGGUGGUGGGGGCAGGGGGCUCAGCCCGGCCCCUGGCCUUCCAGUUCCACCAGCACAACCACCAGCACCAGCAUACCCACCAGCACACCCACCAGCACUUCACCCCUUACCCCCCAGGCCUGCUGCCACCCCACGGCCCCCACAUGUUUGAGAAAUACCCAGGAAAGAUGGAAGGCCUUUUCCGGCAUAAUCCGUACACGGCCUUCCCUCCCGCAGUGCCCGGCCUCCCUCCGGGCCUCCCGCCGGCUGUCUCCUUUGGCUCCCUGCAGGGGGCCUUCCAGCCCAAGAGCAUGAACCCCGAGCUGCCACCACGACUGGGGCCAAUGCCAAGCGGGCUUCCCCAAAAGGGGACACAGAUCCCUGACCAUUUCCGGCCACCUUUGAGGAAACCAGGGAAGUGGUGUGCCAUGCACGUGCGCGUGGCUUACAUGAUCCUGAGACACCAGGAAAAGAUGAAGGGCGACUCCCACAAGCUUGACUUUCGGAACGACCUCCUGCCCUGCCUUCCGGGGCCCUAUGGGGCCCUGCCCACUGGCCAGGAGCUCUCCCACCCGGCUGCCUCCCUCUUCACUGCAACUGGUGCCGUCCACGCUGCAGCCAACCCCUUCACGGCAGCUCCCGGGGCCCAUGGACCCUUUCUGAGCCCCAGCACCCACAUUGAUCCCUUUGGGCGUCCCACAAGCUUCGCCUCCUUGGCUGCCCUCUCCAACGGGGCCUUUGGAGGCCUGGGCAGCCCCACAUUCAACUCCGGCGCCGUCUUUGCCCAGAAAGAAAGCCCAGGGGCCCCACCAGCCUUCGUCUCCCCGCCAGACCCAUGGGGUCGCCUGCACCGCAGUCCUCUGGCCUUUCCUGCCUGGGUCCGGCCCCCUGAGGCCGCCCGGACACCAGGCUCAGACAAGGAGCGGCCUGUGGAGCGGAGGGAGACUUCUAUCACCAAGGAGGAGAAAGACAGGUGGGGCUUAUUCUGUAACAUGACUUGCGGAUAUUUAUAUAAAAAUGAGUGUUACAAUGAGGCCCCUUGGCUCCUCUUUCGGUGUGUGUCACCUGGGGUUGGGGAUUGGGCUGGAUCCUGGAGUCAGGGUGGGGGAUGGUUGUGAAGAUAAUACUGUCUGUGUCCUGACAAAGGUUUUCCCCUCCCUCCCAUCUGGGAGAGUUCUACUUCUGGAUGGAUGGAUGGAUUGGGGUGUUGGGCACUGGAGUUUUUCACUUUGUUUUUACAACCCAGGAGUACAUGUUAAAUAAGAUUCAAACACUAAGAAAGAGACAAAACAAUUUCCUAUUCAUCUGCCAACCCACACAAGCCCCACACAUCCAGCAGUAACCACUGUCAACCAUUUGGUAUAUGUUCUUUAGGCACCUUUACUAUGAGUUUACCUGCACAUAUAUGUGCAUAUGUGGUUAUGUCAGAAAAUACCUAUGUUUUAAAAAAAAUUUUAGACAUGAUCAUUAUUAAUUCAAACCCAGAAAUACAUAGUACCAAGGGAGAGUGCCUCAUAGUCCCACCCCUCAGAGAUGCCGCUGCUGAUAGUUGGGUAUAUUCCUCCAGUUCUCUCUAAUAUAUGCUUAAAAUGGAAUCCUGUCAAAGGUACUAUUUUGUAACUACCUGUUUACUCUUAACAUUAUUCUUUGAUGUAAUCAUUAAAAACAAGUGACUAAGCUGAGAGGCUGGCUCCCAUUCAAGCCACCCAGAAUGGGCUUGCUCCAGGUGAACCCAUCUCCGUAGAAAAGAUGCUUCUAUCCAACAUCUCUGACCCACUACACAUACCCUAGACUUCUAGGGUAGACUCAAGCCUAGAUUGUUGCAACAGAAAUCAGAAACAGGUGACCAGGAGAAACUUGGCCUUCAGACAAGGUUUCACAUGGCAACCCUUGUUUUCCGUUUCUGAAAAAGCUUGCCUGCUUCCCCUAUGACUGUCCCUUGAGGUGGGGCACGAUCUCUCCAGAUGGCCACUGUCCCAUCCACUCCAUUGUUUACGAAUGGGCCAUUGUCACUAUUCAGGGUGCUACCCUGGUCCCUAUACGCACUCUCAGUGAAACAUCUGCCUGUGUGUACCCACCCUCUCCUGGGUCUCCCCAUGGACCUCAGAUAUCCCUUAGACCUGGAACUGUGCUCCCCACUUCCAUCUCUGAAAAUGUUACCAGCACCCAAGUCGGAAACCUCCCUGUUAACUCACCCGAUUCACUGAACUGCCCUUAAUUAUUUCAACCAUUGUUCACUUCAUCAAACCAGGACCUGAACUAGUGGCUGGGGAUACAGAGGUAAACAAAACAAAAUUCCAGCUUUCCUGGAGCCUAAAAGCUACUAUGAGAAGAGCAACAAAGACAUACUGUGAGAAGAAAAAGGGAGAGAGGGAGAAGGAAAAAAUCCGAAGGGUUGCCUUCUUAGGGCCUGUCCUUGCAGCCACUAUGUUCCACUGGUUCAUCUCCACGCGUUCUGAUCCUAAUGCAGGCAGAGGUCAAAGAAAAGUCUGGAAAUGACUUCCAUCCUGGGGGAAGCAAAACCAAACCCAAAUCAUUCACCAUUGAGAGGCUGCUAUUUGGAAGUGCGUUUCUUUCAAUGAGCUCAGCAAAGUAGCUAUGUACCCUUAAGCAAUGUGCUUAUUUCUGUGCCGUGGUUUAUUUGUAAAAUGGGUUUUUA